ACUCAUCCAACAUGCACAAACCCACCAUCCUCCCGCAGUGGAUCAUCAACACCACGACUGCAGAUACUAACCCCUAUUAGCGCUUCUCCGACCCAAACCAAUGUCCACAACAAUCCACCGCGCAAAUCCAUUGCCCAUCUUCAUAUCAGUAGCUUCCUUUUUUUUUGUUCUUAG